AUGUGGCGGCAGUCGUUUCUGCGACUGUGCAAGGGUGCGACGGCAACGGCGACCGGUAGCAAUGGUGGUGGGCGUUGUGUGACGGAGGAGCUCGAAGGGAGAACGAACAACAUCUUUUCCAUCCGCAGAGCCCCGAAUAGUUUGUACGAGGACAAAAUGCACAGCAACAGCCUCACCGACCACCCGCUGACGCACCGAACGAGUCGCGACGAACUCGCGUACCGGAAACGGAAGCUGACGGAGAGGGGAAACUAUGAACAGGCCGCCAAGGCGGAAGAGGAGGCGGAACGUCGCGACACCGAAGGCCGUGCAGGAGCUGAGACACGGGAAUAUUAUAGCGCCAUCUGUUUUGUGGUGCUUGGUUACUUGACUGCACAUGGCGUUGUGUUCAAGCGGUUUUACCCUGACGAUCUCCGGCCGUAUUACUCCCCGGAUCGCGGUUACUCGGACGACGUUGCGGCACGACGUCAAGACCUCGAGGCAGUCGAUGAGCUCAUAGGCAUGAACGUGAUGGAGAGCCUUUACAGUAAGCGUAAAGAAGUUUUUAAGAGCCAGAUGGCAUGA